UGCCAAAUCCAAUCCAAAUCCAAUCUAAUCCAAUCAUUACACUUUACACUUUCCUUAUUUACAAAGUUGCCAUUACCCGCCACUCCACUCCUAACUACCUUCUUCAUCUUCUUCAACCUUUCAGAUCUCUCUCACCUUUCCAUCUGUGAAAUUCAAUGGAGGGUCUGAUCAAGGGUUUGAUCGAUGUGGCGCUCGGUCACGACGAGAACAGGAAUGAAGAUCCGGGCCCACGGGACCAGGAGGAACAGUCCAGAUCCACCUGGGCGCAGGUAGUGUCCGGGGAGGAGCAAGAUGAGAAUGGCAGUGAUCGCCCACAUGGGUCCAAGCAGAGUCAUUGGAAUCGACAGGAACAGAGUCAUUUGGGGCGUGCAGAGUGGGACAAUGUGGAUUCGGAACCUUCAAGGCGACCCCACAAGGCUGCACAUGAGGGAUAUGAAAGGAAUGAUGAUGAUGGACGACAUGGUUAUAACCAAAACUACUCAAGCAGGAAGGAUGAAGAGGAAAAUAAGGAUGGCUGGGAGACUGUUGGAAAGAGGCCUCCCAGGCAACAACCACACAAGAUUCAGAUGGGCCAGUGGAAUGGAUAUAAACGGCCUUCCACCGAGCAAGAGUACUCUGAUGAGGCUGAAGUAGGUGCUAAAAUAGAACCUUCUGAAGAAGAGCUUUCUGAUCUGUCACAAGCUUGCAGUAAAAUCUGGGAACUUGAUUUAAACCGUUUAGUGCCUGGAAAGGACUAUGAAAUUGACUGUGGUGGAGGGAAGAAGGUCUACCAAAAGGAAGAUUUGGCAGAAGGCAGCUUAUUUACCUGGCUGAGUGAAGAUAUAUUCAGGAGACCUACUUUUUCUCGUUUCUGUUCUCUUUUAGAUAAUUACAAUCCAAAUGAGGGGUGCAAAGAAGUUAUCACAUCUGAGGAGAAGCAAGAGCAGGCUGCAUUCAUAGAAGAAAUCAGCAGAACUGCUCCCAUUAAAUAUCUUCACAAGUAUCUCUCACGAAAGGGCAUUCUAUCUGAGAGCUAUCAAGAUUUUAAAAGAACAUUGACCACUCUCUGGUUUGAUCUUUAUGGCCGUGGUGGUACAUCUGCUUCCUCCUCUGCUUUUGAACACGUUUUUGUUGGAGAAAUUAAGCAACGUGGUGAAGAUGAGGUUUCGGGCUUCCACAACUGGCUUCAGUUUUAUCUUGAAGAAGCAAAAGGAAGGGUUGACUAUCAAGGUCAUAUUUUCCCCCGUCGACGUGGGCAAACUCCAGACUCUGAAACCCAGUUGCUCACGAUCCAAUUCGAAUGGAACGGUGUUUUGAAAGCUGUAUCAAGCACUUUAGUUGGAGUGAGCCCAGAAUUCGAAAUUGCAUUGUACACCCUGUGUUUCUUCAUGGGUGGAGAGGACAACCAUAUUGGGCUAGGUCCAUACCAAGUUAACAUCAAAUGCUAUCGCUUCGGAGACAGAAUUGGAUCUGUGUUUCCUAUGGCAGAGUGUUGAUCCUCAGGGUUUAAACCAAACAACUUAUUGUCCUAUAAGGUUGAGUUAUGUGUAGGUGAAAUUAUAUUGAAAGUACAGGGCAAUGACAAUAAUUUGUAUUGGAGUGUGAUAAGAUUUGUAACUUAUGAUUGAAGCCACCAUUAAGAAUUUUAUGCACGAACUAGCCUUUCUUCGUAAUUUCCACCCUGCGGAUGAAAAAAUAAAGAAAA